AAAGAUCGAAAUUUUUGAUAAACAGUGAUCUAUCUUUAAUAAGUAACUAUAAGCCAGAAUGGUAACUUCGUUUUCUGUUUAUAGACUAUUACACCGUUUUAAAUUAGAAACAAUAAUAUUAAUAUUUUUAGUCGAGUGUUCGUUGCGCCAUUUCCACGGUUUCAUAUUAAUCAAUUCAACAAAAAAAUCAGUCAAACAAAUUUUGUUUGAAUGUAGUGUCAAUUUUACCAUCUUUUAGUUCUUUUUUUGGCUUCUUUUACUGUUAGCUGAAUAAAACAUAACUAGAAGAAAUAAUGACCGAGAAUACAUCGCAAAACGAAGAUCAACGAUCUAAAGAAGGCGAUGUCGCAAUGUUGGUCGAUGUUAGUAGAAGAGUCGCCGGAAUAUCGGAGAGUAGAGAUCGUAGGAAGAGUGGGCUUAAUAUUGUGACCGCAGCUGAAACUUUAAAAGCAAAACUAGCUAAACUUAGAGACGAACGUACAGAUCGACAAGGACAAAUGACUAUGGUACAUCGACAAAUUCUUGAUAUGGUUUCAUUUUACACAGAUUCUGAACCGAAUGAUAUUUUUGAAGGCGCCGUAGAUUAUCAAGAAUAUUUAGAUUAUAUGGCAGAUUUUAUAAAAGCAAAAGGUCGAUUUGGUUUUAUUGUUUAUGUACAGAAUGGGCCACCAUUUGAAAUGGAUACUGGUAGAUAUAAUCCUGCUGUGCCCCCUACAGCUGUUACAAAAAGAGUUUAUAUAACCGAUGGAAGUGGGCAACCUUUUAAGGGUAAAGGUGUUAUCGUUUAUAAAGUUAAUAAUGAUAAAAAAGUCGAAUUAAAAAACGUCGUUGAUGAUAUUAAUUAUUUCCCUUUCGAUGAAGCUGAUUACCCAAAUGUAGCAGCUCUCGUUAAUAAUAUAGUCACAGAUUUAUGCAAACCGAAUAUAUUACAAACGAAAGAAUGGGGAGAUUUGUAUAAAACAGAAGCUGGUUUGGCAAUGAAAAAAGAUUUUUUGGGCGAAUUCAAAUCAUUCGUUAACUUCUUCAACACAACAGCAAUCGAUUUAGCUGAAGCUGUAAGAUUUGCAAUCAACGAGGAAUUGCAUGAAAACUACUUAAGUAGUCCAGAAUUAAUAAAACAAACGGCUCUCGACUCGGAAAAGUUGGCUAAAGUUCAAGCUCAGGUUCGAAUUUGGGCAAAACAAAUCGAAAGAGUGCUAACACAAUUUCAACAACUUCGAAGAGAAAACGAAUUUACCGGCCCGCUGGCGGAAAUUGAAUAUUGGCGGAGACAAUUAGCUCGAUUUACGAGUAUUUUGGAGUUUCUUAAUACACAAGAAUGUAAAGUUCAUCUUCAAUGUUUACUUCUGGCGCGUUCCAAACUAAUGAAGAUUUGGAAGAAGCAAGAUAACAUGGUAACCGAUGCAAGAAAUGAAUGUCAAGAUAACGUUAGAUAUUUAUACGCAUUGGAAAGAUAUUACGAUCCUUUAUACAGAUUGGAUCCAUCCAAGAUAAUUGACCACGUUGGAAGUCUUUUGUAUACGAUUCGAAUGAUUUUUACAACAUCGCGAUAUUACAACAACACCGCCAGUGUUACGGCGAUUCUCGUUAAAGUUUCGAAUCAAAUGAUUAUAGCUUGUCGAAAAUAUUUGAAUUGUGAUAAUACUAAAACCGUUUGGGAGCAACUCAGACAAGAUAUUCAAGAUAAAGUUAAGGUAUGCCUUGAUUUAUAUUUAAAAUAUUUCCAAUGUUUUAAACGUACACAACAAAGAAUGGCUGACGCAGGUGAAGCAUCAUUUGAUUGUUCAGAGAUGUACAUUUUCGGCAAAUUUGAAACUUUUAAAAAACGCAUUGAAGAAAUCGUUGACGUUCUACAAAUAUCAACAAAAUACUCGAUACUACAGAGUAGUACAAUUGAAGAUAUCGACAUUUUCGCGCAAAAAUUUACAGAUUUUUACAAGAAAAUUUCGAGUCAACACUAUGACGCUUUAAAUCAUCGUUUAGAUUUUUUCGAUAAAGAUUACGCAGUAUUUAAGCAAGCCGUAGCCGAUACCGAAUGGGAAUUAGAAGAAUUCGUUGGGGUAUCAUUAGAAAAACUUAAAGAUGUUGAUAAUGUUCUUCGCCUUUUAAACAGAUUUGAAAAAUUAAACUUAGAAUGUUUAAAUCUUGACGAUCGUUAUUUAGAAGCUUUGGAAAUGUUUCAAAAUGAAAUCGGGGAGUUGAGAGAUCGUUAUAAUGAGGAACGACAAAAUCCCCUUAUUCCCAGAUGUAUGCCACCGAUUUCUGGAAGAAUCAUGUGGAUUAGACAACUUUAUUCCAGAAUUGAAGAUCCUAUGGAUAUUUUUAAACUUAAAUGUCGGGUAAUGAGGCACAGAAAAGCUCAAAAAUGUAUUCAAAUGUACAACGCUUUGGCUACAGUAUUCGUUUAUUAUGAACAAAUUUACCAUAAAGCUUGGUUCAAUCAUCUCGGUCAUGUUAGAUGUGGAUUAAGCGCUCCUAUUUUAAUUAAAAAUCCAAAAACGAAAAGAUUUGUGGUCAAUUUCGAUGGUUAUAUCGUUGAGUGUAUACGCGAAGCAGAAUAUAUGUAUAAACUUGGUUUAGCUGUUCCUGAUGUGGGACAAAUUUUAGUUUUUUGCAAAGAUAAGAUAUUGAAUUCUUUUGAAUUGGUUAAAAGUUUGGUUAGCAGAAACGAUAUGAUUCGUCAAACAAUUCCGAAAAUAUUUCUUCCUUUAAUGCGUUCUCAAAUGAUUAAAAUGGAAAACGUUUUUAUGCCGGGAUUUUCGACAAUAACCUGGACAUCGAUGAAAAUUCCUGAAUUUUGCGAAAAUAUAACCGACUGUUUAGACGAGAUCGAAAUGUUUGUGAAAGAAGUGACCGAUAUGAAAGAGGCGAGAAUCGAUGAGGUUUUAGAUGGUCUCGCGAAAGUUUGCUUUGUAUAUUUACCUGAUGAACCGGUGAUGCCCGCCGAAUUAUUGGAAUUAAAUAAAAAUUAUCGCAAAAAAAUAACAAAAGAAAUUGAAUUAAAAUCAUCAACGGUAGAACAAGCUGUAGUUGAUUUAAUUAACAAAUUUAUGGAUACUGUAAUACAACAAGAUCUUCAAUCAGAAAAAUAUAAUUGGAUGGAUUCAGAAAAAGCUGUAAAACCCGUCGGGUCUUCAUCGAAAUUAUUAAUGUGUGAAGACGCUGCGUUUAAAGAGAUCGAUAGAAAUCAAAUGAUUGAUAUAUCAACGCUUCAUGCUGAUUGCAUAGAAAUGUUUGCUUUAUUCAAUAUGAAGAUUCUUGAUAGUUUGGUGAAAGCUACGAAAAGUUCUUUGGAGAGAUUAAAACGAAGAGCUUCCUCCGCGAGUCUUGAAGAUAUGAUGAGCAGCGCUCCGUUAAUGACUACUUAUAUGGAGCUUCAAAUACCUUUAACGAAAAUUAAUCCUAAUUUGGAAGAGAUUCAAAGUUAUUUUGCCCAGGUUUUAAGUAACAUAAUAGAAUCAACUAAAGACAUAACAAUGUGGGGUCAAAGAAAUAUGAAUAAAAAAGACACCAGGAAACGUGGUGCCAUUAAGUUUGAAGAGGAUAGCGAUGAUACGCUUAGAAAUUAUUAUAAAAGUGUUUCCGAGCAUAAGGAGAUUGUUAGAAUGUUUAUGGGGCUUCAAGGUGCUAUGUAUAUGUUGAAACCAGAUGUAGCAAAAUUACUUGAAAGUUAUUUAUCAUAUGCACCUCUUUGGGCGGACGAUAGAGAUGAUCAAAUACAAGAAUUUGUUGAUGCCAAUCCUUUAAUUGUUGAGAUAAGAGAAAGGUUUCAAGAAUACGAUGACCGAGCCCAACACAUUAGUGAUCUUCCCGAACAACAUAAAGUUGGUGCUGUUACAAUUAUAAUGGAAAAAUUCAAAUUAGCAGUUUUGAUUGAAUCCGUGGCAUGGAAACGUAGUUUAGGUAAAUCUUUAGGAAUUAAAAAUAGAGCAAAAUUAAUGGAAAUGGUAGAUUUCAUUAAACAACAAGAAAAGAUAUUAGCGAAGCCAAUCAAAGAUUUGGAGGAUUGCCGAGUUGCGAUGAAUUGUCUGCAAUUGAUUAGAGAAAACUUUAUCGAUAUGGAUCUAGAUUUAGGUUUAAUGGAGGAAGCUUACGCUUUGUUUGCAAAGUUUAACAUAGACGUCACCAAAGAAGAUGUAGAAAGGGUUGAUACUUUAAGAUUCAAUUUUACCAAUAUGCUGAAUCACGCUAAACAAGUUCAAGAAAAUAUUUGCCUAGUUCAAGGGCCUCUGUUAGAAGAGUUAAAAAGGGGGGUUGGAUUGUUUAGAGAGGCUGUCGAACAAUUUGAUGAGGAUUUUGAGUUGAAUGGUCCGAUGGUACCUGGUUUGCCUGCAAAAGAAGCUAGUGAUCGAGUACUUUUAUUUCAAGCUAGAUUUGACGAUUUAUGGGCUAAAUUUGAAAUGUAUAGCAGCGGUGAAAGAUUGUUUGGCCUAGAGGUUAACGAUUAUCCGAUAUUACACAAAAGAAAGAAAGAAUUUAACCUUUUAAACAAACUUUAUAGUUUGUAUAUUACUGUUAAUAAUAGUAUUGAUGGAUACUUUGAUUUAUUAUGGACCGAUGUUGAUACUGAAAUUAUAACGACUGAAUUAACAGAUUUUGGAAAUCGUUGCCGAAAACUGCCAAAAGGAAUGAAAGAUUGGCCGGCAUUCCUCGAUUUGAAAAAGAAAAUUGACGAUUUCAACGAAACUUGUCCGUUAUUGGAAUUAAUGGCUAAUAAGGCGAUGAAAGAUCGUCACUGGGUACGGAUGGAAAAACUUACUGGGUAUUCUUUCGACGUGGAAUCGCCAACUUUCACUUUAAGAAACGUUAUGGAAGCUCCACUUUUAAAAUAUAAAGACGACGUCGAAGAUAUUUGCAUUGGGGCUGUAAAAGAAAAAGAUAUCGAAGCGAAAUUGAAACAAGUAAUUAUUGAUUGGUCAGUGGUGGAUCUUGAAUUUGCGCACUUUAAGGCCCGAGGCGAACUUCUUCUUAAAGGUGGAGAAACCGCAGAAAUUAUCGCCACUUUAGAAGAUAGUUUGAUGAUAUUAAACUCUCUGUUAAGCAAUAGAUAUAAUGCACCAUUUAAGAAAGAUAUUCAAUUAUGGGUGAGUAAAUUGGUAAAUACGUCAGAAAUCUUAGAUAAAUGGUUAACGGUCCAAAACUUGUGGAUAUACCUUGAAGCGGUCUUUGUUGGUGGUGAUAUAGCUAAACAGUUACCAGCUGAAGCAAAAAGAUUUAAUGGGAUUGAUAAAUCUUGGGUAAAAAUUAUGGCACGAGCCCACGAAACAACAAACGCUGUAGAAUGUUGCACGGGUGAUGAGACAAUGGGACAACUUCUCCCUCAUCUUUUAGAACAAUUGGAAACCUGCCAGAAGAGCUUAACGGGUUAUUUGGAAUCAAAACGUUUGUGCUUCCCUAGAUUUUUCUUUAUUUCUGACCCUGUACUUUUGGAAAUUUUGGGUCAAAGCUCUGAUCCUUCAUCGAUUCAACCACAAUUGUUGAGUUUAUUCGAUGCCGUUGCAAAAGUAGAAUUCAAUCCGGAUCAACCAGAUAAUAUAACAGCCAUGAUUGCGGCGGUUGGCGAAAGGAUUCCUUUUGAAAAACCGGUUGUUUGUCAAGGUGGUGUGGAAAUUUGGUUAAAUUCAUUAUUAAAUGCGGUUAAAGAUACGGUCAGAACAGUUAUUGCUUUGAUGUCCCAAUGUAUUGCUGACCCUGACUAUGACUUUAUUAAGGGAUUCAUUGGGUUUUGUGGACAGGCUGGAUUAAUUGGUGUUCAAAUAUUAUGGACAAAAGAAGCGGAAUUCGCAAUAAGAAGAUCUCGCGUUGAUCGAUUUAUAAUGAAAAAUACAAAUCAAAGAUUUUUAGAUAUUCUAAACAGUUUAAUCGAUUUGACUACAAAAGAUUUGAGCAGUAUGGAUCGAACACGGUUCGAAACCAUGGUCACAAUUCAUGUUCAUCAACGGGACAUUUUUGAUGAGCUCGUCAAGUUGAGGAUCAAAAAUCCUAUUGAUUUUGAAUGGCAAAAACAAGCCAGAUUCUAUUACUACGAGGAUAAUGAUGAGGUCCUUGUUAAAAUUACCGAUGUAAUAUUUUUGUAUCAAAAUGAAUACUUAGGAAUUACCGAAAGAUUGGCGAUUACACCGUUAACCGAUCGAUGUUACAUUACAUUAGCGCAAGCUAUCUGGAUGAACAUGGGUGGUGCUCCAGCUGGACCUGCUGGCACUGGAAAAACCGAAACAACCAAAGAUAUGGGAAGAGCCUUAGGAAAAUUAGUAGUGGUAUUUAAUUGUUCCGAUCAAAUGGAUUUUAGGGGACUUGGUCGAAUAUACAAGGGUUUGGCUCAAUCUGGAAGUUGGGGUUGUUUUGAUGAAUUCAACAGAAUUGAACUGCCCGUAUUAUCAGUAGCAGCGCAACAAAUAUAUAUCGUUUUAACAGCUAGAAAGGAGCGUAAAGCGUUCUUCAUAUUUAGCGAUGGCGACAAUGUUUCGAUGAACAUUGAAUUUGGACUUUUCUUGACUAUGAAUCCCGGCUAUGCCGGUCGACAAGAACUCCCUGAAAAUCUAAAAAUUCAAUUUAGGACGGUAGCUAUGAUGGUCCCCGACAGACAGAUCAUCAUCAGAGUAAAAGCCGCUUCUUGCGGAUUCAAGGACAACGUUGUUUUGUCCCGAAAGUUUUUCACAUUAUACAAACUGUGCGAAGAGCAGCUUUCGAAACAAGUCCAUUAUGAUUUUGGAUUGAGAAACAUUUUGUCUGUGUUAAGAACGCUUGGUUCUCAAAAACGUGCAAGUCCGACUGAUUCUGAAGAAACAAUCGUAAUGCGUGUAUUGAGAGAUAUGAAUUUAAGUAAAUUAGUCGAUGAAGAUGAACCCCUUUUCUUAUCCCUUAUAGAAGACAUGUUUCCGGGAAUUAAGUUAACUGUUCAUGUUUGGAAAGAAUUACAAAAAGCACUCUCAAAUCAAUGUAACGAAAUGGGUAUGGAAAAUUAUCCGUCGUGGAACUUGAAGGUGGUACAAUUGUACGAAACUAGCUUAGUAAGACACGGAUUGAUGGUAUUGGGUCCAACCGGGGCAGGAAAAACAAAAUGUAUGUACUGCCUUAUGAGGUCACUGACAGAAAACGGGACACCCCAUAGAGAGCUUCGAAUGAAUCCCAAAGCGAUUACGGCCCCUCAAAUGUUUGGACGAUUAGAUGUCGCCACUAAUGAUUGGACGGAUGGAAUAUUUUCCACUUUGUGGAGACGAACGUUAAAAUUUAAGAAAUCGGAAGUUUGUUGGUUGGUAUUGGAUGGCCCGGUUGAUGCUGUAUGGAUUGAAAAUUUAAAUUCCGUAUUGGAUGAUAACAAAACGUUAACGUUAGCUAAUGGAGAUAGAAUUGUUAUGGCUCCAAACAGCAAGCUUGUUUUUGAACCAGAUAAUGUUGAUAACGCAAGCCCUGCUACCGUUUCUAGAAUGGGUAUGGUGUUUAUAAGCGCCUCAGCUUUACCUUGGAAACCAAUUUUAGAAGCUUGGUUUAAAUCGCGGCCAGCUCAUGAAGCAGAUGGUUUAAGAAAUGCUUUCAAUAAAAUAUACGAUGAACUCAAUACCUUUCUUCAAGCAAAAUUAAAACCAAAAAUGAUGAUUAGAGAAGCGCUAUACAUUCGUCAAUGUUAUGAUGUAUUGAAUGGAAUAUUAGAUUGUGGAGAGGAAACUAAGGUUUUUGGCGAAAAACAAUUAGAAAGAUUUUUUAUUUUCGCGUUGAUGUGGUCGUUAGGAGCUUGCUUGGAAUUGGAUGAUCGUGAGACUAUGGAAGCUUUUUGUCUGCAAAAGAAAUUAGAUUGGCCGAAAUGUCAAGAGGGCGAAACAAUUUUUGAAUUUGUCGUCGGUGAAAACGGAAAGUGGCAACAUUGGUCGGAAAGAGUGGAACAGUUUGUGUAUCCACCAGAUCAAGUGCUUGAAUAUUCAACCAUUUUAGUUCCGAAUGUAGAUAAUGUGCGGACUGCUUUUCUUAUAGAAACGAUUGCAAAGCAGAAUAAACCGGUUUUAUUGAUUGGAGAGCCUGGUACAGCUAAAACUGUAAUGAUUAAAGGAUAUACAUCAGCUUUCGAUCCAGAGUAUAAAUUAACGAAAUCGUUUAAUUUUUCUUCCGCUACAACUCCCAACAUGGUUCAGAGAAUAAUAGAGUCGUACGUUGAUAAAAGGGUAGGCACAUCAUAUGGCCCCCCUGCAGGAAAAACUUUAACUGUUUUUAUUGAUGACAUCAAUAUGCCUGUUGUCAACGAUUGGGGAGAUCAAAUAACAAAUGAAAUCGUUCGCCAAUGCAUGGAAGGCGGAGGUUUUUACAGUUUGGAUAAACCAGGAGAUUUUUCAUAUAUCUUGGACGUUUUUUUCCUUGCGGCUAUGAUUCAUCCGGGAGGUGGACGAAACGACAUACCUCACCGUUUAAAACGGCAAUUUUGCGUUUUUAACUGCACUUUGCCUAGCAUUAAUUCCAUGGACAUGAUCUUUUCUUCAAUGGGAGAAGGUUAUUUCGGACCUACAAGAUUUCAACAAGAAGUGGUUGAUUUCGUGCCAAUUCUUGUUCCAAUGACGCGACAUUUAUGGCAAGCGACCAAAAAUAAAAUGUUGCCUACACCAGCUAAAUUUCACUACGUUUUUAAUCUUCGAGAUCUUUCUCGUAUUUGGCAAGGAAUCCUUAUCGUUCAAGAUCUCGAGUGUCAAUGUAAAGCUUCUGUAUUAAAAUUAUGGAGACAUGAAUGUACUAGAGUCUUUUCAGACAGAUUUACAAGUCAAAAAGAUCGAGAUUGGUUUGUUGUUGAAAUGAAUAAAAUUGCUAAAAAUGAAUUGGGGGAUGAUUACGAACAUUAUCCUCAAGAGGAAACGUUCUGGGUCGAUUUUCUGCGUGAACCCCCCGAGGCUACUGGUGAUGAACCGGAUGAUUUUAGCUUUGAACCGCCGAAAAUAUAUGAAGAGAUACCCAGCUGGCAAUUUGUUUUAGAUAAACUUGCAACAUUUGUUGAUUCAUACAAUGAAAAUGUGAGAGGAUCUCCAAUGGAUUUAGUCUUCUUUAGAGAUGCGUUAAUUCAUUUAAUGAUCAUCUCGAGAAUCAUUAGAACUCCACGUGGAAAUGCCUUGUUAGUGGGAGUUGGCGGUUCCGGUAAACAAAGCUUAACGAGAUUGUCAACAUUCAUCGCUGGAUACAAAUGUUUCCAAAUACAAUUAACUAGGUCAUAUAAUUUAAGUAGUUUAAUGGACGAUUUAAAGUUUCUAUAUAGGAUUGCUGGAUCAGAGGGAAGCGGAAUUACUUUUCUCUUUACUGACAAUGAGAUUAAAGAUGAAACUUUCUUGGAAUCGUUAAAUAAUAUUUUAAGUUCCGGUGAAAUUGCUAACUUAUUCGCAAAAGAUGAGUUAGAUGAGAUACAAUCUAAUUUAAUUCCGGUUAUGAAGAAGCAAUAUCCAAAACGACCACCAACAGGAGAUAAUUUAUACGACUAUUUUCUCACCAGAUCUCGAUCGAAUUUACACGUUGUGCUUUGUUUCUCUCCGGUUGGAGAAAAAUUCAGAAAUAGGGCUAUGAAAUUUCCGGGAUUAAUCUCCGGGUGUACCAUGGAUUGGUUUUCAAAAUGGCCCGAGGAUGGAUUAGUAGCUGUUUCAAACCAUUUCUUAGAAGAAUUCCCCAUGGUUUGUACGAAUGAAGUUAAAAUGCAACUUAUAAAAUUAAUGGCCGUCGUCCAAGACAGAGUAUCGCAAACGUGCGUGCAGUAUUAUGAUCGAUUUAGACGACAAACUUAUGUAACUCCAAAAACUUAUCUUACAUUCUUAGACAGCUACAAAAAACUAUAUGUUGUGAAACAUGAAGCUAUCAAUGUAAUGGAAAUGCGAAUGAGGACUGGAUUGUUAAAGUUGAUUGAUGCAGCAGCCAGUGUUGAUGUACUUCAACAAGAGCUGGCUGUGAAGGAAGGAGAAAUAUUGGUUGCUUCGGCACAAGCGGAAAAAGUACUUCAAGUUGUACUACGAGCUUCUGAAGUUGCCAAUAAAAUCAAAGAAGAAGCGACAAUUGUUGCUUCGAGAGCUGAGAAGCUCGUCGGCGAGAUUAGUGUUGAUCAAAAGGAAGCUGAAGGAAAGUUGAGCGCCGCUCAGCCAGCUUUAGAUGCAGCGGAAGCUGCUUUAUUAACCAUUAAAGCUGCCGAUAUUGGCACGGUACGAAAAUUGGCUAAGCCUCCAUAUUUGAUCAUGGUCAUUAUGGAUGUAGUCUUGAUUUAUUUUAAAAGGAAACUCGAAUCUGUUCAACCAGAUUUUGAAAAGAAAUUUAUGUUAACUUCUUGGGCUGAAUCACUCAGAUUAAUGGCAGAUCAAAAAUUCUUAGUCAAACUACAAGAAUACCCUAAAGAUACCAUAAACGCGGAAAUUAUAGAUCUUUUGGUUCCUUAUUUUGAUUUUCCACAAUACACGUAUGAAUCAGCAAAAACUGCUUGCGGUAAUGUUGCUGGUUUAAUAUCUUGGACUAUUGCUAUGGCUUCGUUUUACGAUGUGAAUAAAGAAGUUUUGCCCUUAAAAGCCAAUUUAGCUCGGCAACAGGCAAAAUUAGACAAAGCUCAAGCUGAGCUGGCGGCGGCACAAUCGCUUCUCGAAGCGAAAGAGAAAGAAGUCCGAGAUUGCCAAGAAGAAUACGAUACAGCUAUGAAUUUUAAACAAGGCGUUUUAGAUGAUGCGAUGAAAUGUAAAAAUAAAAUGGAUGCCGCUUCGGCUCUCAUAAAUGGUUUGUCAGGCGAAAGAAUUCGAUGGACGGAACAGUGCAGUCAAUUUAAAGCCGAAAUUGAUCGAUUGAUUGGGGACGUUUUACUUCUGACCGGUUUCCUUGGAUAUACGGGACCCUUUAAUCAAGAAUUUAGAUCGAACCUGGUAGAACGUUGGGUUAAUGAAUUAACAGAGAGGAAAAUUCCUUGUACUUUAAAUUUGAAUAUAACUGAUUCUUUAGUCGAUACAGCUACGACUGGAGAAUGGAAUAUACAAGGCCUUCCAACUGAUGAACUUUCAAUUCAAAAUGGUAUUAUUGUAACACGUGCUGAUCGUUUUCCAUUGAUGAUUGAUCCUCAAAGUCAAGGAAAAUCCUGGAUUAAAAAUAAAGAGAAAGAUUUUAAUCUAAUAGUUUCAUCACUAAAUCAUAAAUACUUUAGAAACCAUAUUGAAGAUGCGGUUUCGUUGGGAAUGCCGAUGAUCAUUGAAGAUAUCGCCGAGGAAUUAGAUCCUGUUUUGGACAAUGUUCUAGAGAGGAACUUUAUUAAAAUGGGAUCUACGUACAAAGUAAAAAUUGGAGAUAAAGAAGUCGACGUAAACAAUGAUUUUCGUAUUUACAUUACGACAAAAUUGGCAAAUCCUAAUUAUACACCUGAAGUGUUUGCGAGAACUUCAAUAAUUGAUUUUACUGUAACAAUAAAAGGUCUUGAAGAUCAAUUGUUGGGAAGAGUGAUUUUGAGCGAAAAGAGAGAACUCGAAUCAGAACGAACAUCUUUAAUUAUAGGUGUAACGGAAAAUAAAAGGAAAAUGUUAGAAUUGGAAGCCUCUUUAUUAUAUAAAUUAACGACGAUUAAAGGAUCUUUAUUAGAUGACCCGGACUUAAUAAAUGUACUUAAUGUGUCAAAAGAUACUGCAACUGAUGUUCGUGAAAAAUUAGCAAUCGCAAAAGAUACUGAAAUUAAAAUUAACGCGGCCAGAGAAGAAUUUAGGCCGGUUGCAACCAGAGGAAGCGUACUUUAUUUCUUAAUAGUAAACAUGUCAUUAGUUAAUUGUAUGUAUCAGACAUCUUUGGUACAAUUUUUAGAACGAUUUGACAUUUCAAUGGUCAGAUCUGAAAAAAGUCAAAUCACUUCAAGACGACUGCAAUUUAUCAAUGAUUAUUUAACUUUUGAAAUUUACAAAUACACAUCCCGCGGUUUAUAUGAAGAACACAAAUUCAUUUUUGUGCUAUUAAUGGCUUUACAAAUCGAUUUGCAAAAGCGUAAUAUUACAUUUGAAGAGUUUCAAGUAUUUAUUAAAGGAGGAGCUGCAUUGGAUUUGAAUGCUUGUCCCCCGAAACCAGCUAAAUGGAUCACCGACGUUACUUGGUUAAAUUUAGUUUCGUUGUCUAAAUUAAGACAUUUUCAGUUUGUCAUUGAGCAAGUUUCUAAUAACGAUAAAGGAUGGCAUCAUUGGUUUGAUAAAGAUGCUCCCGAAGAGGCUCCUUUGCCAGAUGGUUAUGCUGCUUUAGAUACAUUUAGGAAACUAUUGAUGAUUAGAGCUUGGUGCCCAGAUAGAACUCUUGUCCAAAGUAAAAAAUACCUGGCUACAUCAUUAGGACCAAAAUUUGCUGAACCUGUGAUUUUAAAUUACGACUAUAUGUUCUCGGAAAGUAGACCGUUAACGCCGUUGGUAUGUUUCCUAAGUACCGGGUCGGAUCCGACUCCGUAUAUUGAAAGCUUGGCAAAGAAGAUUGAGAAUAAGUGUAAAGCUAUUUCAAUGGGCCAAGGGCAAGAAGUUCAUGCUAGGAAAUUAUUAGCAGCUGCUAUGACAGACGGUUUCUUUGCUUUAUUACAAAACUGCCAUUUAGGUUUAGAGUACAUGGUGGAAAUCUUAACACUUUUCCUCGAUUUGGAAAGAGGAGUCGGUAGUGUUCAUCCAGAUUUUCGUUUGUGGAUAACUACAGAACCACAUCCACAUUUUCCAAUCAGUUUACUACAAAUUUGUAUCAAAUUUACGAAUGAACCGCCAGCAGGAAUUCGAGCUGGUUUACUAAGAACGUACACCUCAAUGAGUCAAGAUAUGUUAGAUUACACUGAUUUACCGCAAUAUAUUCCAAUGAUUUACGGAAUCUCGUUUUUACAUACCGUAGUCCAAGAAAGAAGAAAAUUUGGUCCUCUGGGUUGGAAUAUUCCUUAUGAAUUCAAUUCUGCUGAUUGGUUAGCAAGUUGUAUGUUUGUUCAAAAUCAUUUGGAAGAUUUAGAUCCGAAACGUGGGGUUAGUUGGAGUACCGUCAGAUACAUGAUUGGCGAGGUUCAAUAUGGCGGAAGAGUAACUGAUGAUUAUGAUAAACGUCUAUUGAAUACUUUUACCGUUGUUUGGUUUGGCGAUUUUAUGUUCUCCGAAGAGUUUGAAUUUUAUAAAGGUUAUAAAAUUAUUAAAUUAAAAACUACAAAUGACUAUUUGGAUAUGAUUGAUAAGUUUUCACCCUCGGAUCCACCGCAAGCUUAUGGAUUACAUUCGAACGCUGACAUUACAUAUCAGACGAAUACUACUAGCAGUUUGUUGUUGACGAUUAUGUCGAUUCAACCUAAAGAAGCUGGCGGUGGCGGUGGUGAGACACGAGAAGGUACUGUUAAGAGAAUGGCUUUGGAUAUGAGCGGUAAAUUACCGAAAAACUAUGAUGCUUUUGAAGUUAAAGAGAGACUUAAAAUUAUGGGAAUAUUAAAUCCAUUGGUUAUAUUUUUGAAACAAGAAAUCGAUCGUAUGAAUAAAGUUAUCUCGUUGGUAAGAAUUACUUUAAGAGAUUUACUCUUGGCUAUUGAAGGAACUAUAAUUAUGAGUGAGACUUUGAGAGAAGCUUUAGAUUGUUUCUUCGACGCAAUGGUACCAUCUAGCUGGAAAAGGUACUCUUGGCAGUCGAGCAGUAUCGGUUUCUGGUUUACUGAACUUUUAGAACGAGAUACUCAAUUUAGGACUUGGUGUUUCCGUGGAAAACCGGUCACGUUUUGGUUAACCGGAUUUUUUAAUCCUCAAGGUUUUUUAACUGCUAUGAGACAAGAGAUUGCUCGCGCUCAUAAAGGUUGGUCUUUAGAUCAAUGCGCUUUACACAAUGAAGUGACGAAAAGUGCUAAUGAAGAAAUUGCUGGUCCCCCUCCUGAAGGGGUACUGGUUUAUGGAUUAUAUUUGGACGGUGCUGGAUGGGAGAAACGUAAUUCGAGACUACAAGAAGCUAUUAAUAAAGUUUUGUAUACCCUUUUACCUGUAGUAUGGGUAUUUGCUAUAAAUUCUGUAGCACCCAAAGAUCCUAAAUUGUAUACUUGUCCCGUAUAUAAGAAAUCUAGACGAACAGAUCUCAACUAUAUUACACCUUUAUGGUUGGAAACUUUAAAGCCUCCGGAGCAUUGGAUUUUACGAGGAGUCGCACUUUUAUGUGACAUUAAAUAACUAUUUACUGCACUAAAAAUUAUUUUAUUUGCAUUAAAAUAUAAUGUUUAACGGAAAUUAUAAAAUUGUACAAAAUCAAAGUGCGGUAAAUAGUUAAACAUUUUACUUUUUUUAUAUGUAUUAUAAUAGGGUGUCUUAAAAUAUCGCUACAAACCAUAACUUUUAUAAUAAAUUAGUGAUGAUAAAUUUACUUAAUUCACUGAUUUGUCAUAAAUAUUAUGUUUUAUGGCGUUUUUUAGACAGCCUGUAUGUAUGGUAUCUUUUUAAUGUAUUAAAAAAAAGGUUUUA